GUGAGCCAUGAAUGCAUGACCAGCACCACCCUCCAGCCAUGUGCAUGCAUGAUUUCAUGCGACUACAGUACUCCCUAUAUUCUGCUUCAAGCAAUGUUGGUGGUCAUGACCACUCCAAUGUAGAUCAUUUUGCGUGCAUAAUCGGUUUCCAAUGUUUGAUAGAUCCAUAUAUAAAUCUCUCAAUCCUGUUGUGUAGGCCUGUCUGUUCUUGCUUUCUUUGAAAUGUUUUCUACACAAAGCAAGCAUAUUUGAGAGAGAUUUAAAGCAAAAGCAAUCGAGUGGGAGUUUGAGAUCAGGAUUACAAAAGAAUAGGUAGAGGUGGGUUUUGUGGCUAGCACUAGCAGAGAAGCCGAGUGAAGUGACCGGUAAUUGAGUCGACCAAUGCAGAAAAUGAAAAGCCUUGGGAGCAUAGGCAAUGGUGGGGGACAACCAACUCAUGAUCAGGAGAAUGAUGAGGAGGAGAUCUCAAGGUUGGCCAUAUCUACAUUCCAAGCCAGGGAGGAAGAAAUUGAGAGGAAGAAGAUGGAGGUUAAGGAGAAAAUUGAACUUCAGUUGGGCCGUGCUGAAGAAGAAUCUAGGCGUUUAUCACAUAUUUGGGAGGAGCUAGAAGAACUCACAGAUCCAAUGAGAAAGGAAGUUGCAGCUGUACGUAAGAAGGUUGAUAUGGCUAGCCGAGAUCUGAAGACAUUAGGACAGAGCUGCCAGAAGAAGGAGAAGGAAUACAAAGAAACCUUAGACGCUUUCAAUGAAAAGAACAAAGAAAAAACUCAGCUAAUAGCCACAUUAAUGGAGUUGCUAACCCAGAGUGAGAGACUGAGGAUGACGAAACUCGAGGAGCUGAGCAAGCAUAUAUAGAAUCCAUAAACUGAAAUCUCCAGCAUUAGUCAGUGGUUUGGCUUCUGAGAUUUUUCUCAAAUAAAUGUAUUAGUAUUGUAGGUGUUCAAUAAUCCUGCACGGUCUUGAUCUCCUUCAAACAUAUUUUACCAUUUACGAUAAUAUGUCUUAGUACUGCGAAGGUAUAACGUCACCCUCAAAAUGUUGCUCUAUGCCAAUUAGAGCAGUUGUCAAACCAGGUUUUCUCAUCAUAUGCACAAGCAAACCAGCAAAAUUGAUGCAUUUUCCCCUGAA